CGCCAUAAAACUCCGCGAUAUCAAGGUUCGAAGAGAAGACCUCAAGACAAGGAAAGCUAGAAGUAGAUAGUGACGUCCGUUCGUUGAACGUAUGUGAAGUGUUAAGAUCAUUGUGUUCCCCUACGAACACUAAGGUAAUAAGCUAUGGCGUCCAUCCGGAAGAUGUUGAGGCGGGAGAGUUGGCAGAGGGAUGCGGGGACUGUUUUAAUAAUUUAAAGACUAGGGUAAGGUCCUCCAGGGGCGACUCUGAGUCAUUCUCGGUAGGGAUGGGGUUACACUAGGGGUCUUCCCUUAGCCCUUUUUUGUUUGCCUUGGUGAUGGACGUCCUGAUACAAGGUGUUCAAGAAGGGGUCCCAUGGUGCAUGCUUUUUGCGGAUGAUAUUGUGCUUAUCGACGACACGCGUGAGGGACUAAACGAUAAGUUGGAACUAUGGCGCCUUGCCCUUGAGACCAAAGGAUUCAGAAUAAGUACGAACAAGACAGAAUACAUGGAAUGUCGUUUCAGCGGUCGGGAAACGGAAUCACAAGUGGAAGUUAGGAUUGACUCUAACCUAGUGCCUAAGGUUGACAAGUUUCGAUAUCUUGGCUCGGUAAUUCAGGCUGAUGGGGAGUUAGACGGGGAUGUUGGACAUCGUGUUGGAGUGGCUUGGGCCAAAUGGCGGUUGGAUUCAAGGGUGUUGUGUGAUCCAAAGAUUUCGCCCAGGCUGAAAGGCAUGGAGCCUAUGGAAGAUAAGUUUCGGGAAGCGAGGUACAGAUGGUAUGGUCAUGUGAGGUGGCGAAAUGCUGACGCCCCUGUACAGAGAUUUGGAGCUGGGGGUCUCUUGGAAACAGCCUCCCUACUUCGGAGUAGGGGCAUGGGAAGCUUGUUUCCCUUGGUUGUACGAAGGAAAGGUAUUUUCCUUUGGGUUGAAGUCUUGGAGUGCGGUAUCUCCGAGCAAGUGUUGUUGAGGCUCGUGGGACUCGAGUUCUCAGGUUGUAACGGUUUGUUAAGCACCUUUCCACUCUGCAUGGCUACACUCAUCUACAAAAUCAAGCAUGAGAUACCAUUCAACUUGGGGAAAAUCAUUUUUUAUCAGAUAAUGAGCUUUGCAUCUAAGAGAGCUAAACAGAACACAAAUGGCCUUCCUUAUCCUCUUCUUAUUUUUCAAAUGCUUAAGUCACAACGACUUGAAGUCACAGAUGAAGAAGAACCUGCCCCUCCACUACUACAAGUUGACUUGAGGCACUUUGAAGGAAAACAUUACAAUUACAUGGUGACAGUUGAGGAUCCAAAGGCAGCCCCAGCAUUUCUUCAGUCAGAUUUCUCUCAAACAGCAUUCAUCAGGGAUGAAAUAAAACUGCUGCAAGAGAAAAUUUACAAGCACUGGGAGAUGAUCAAGGAAGCUAAAGUCAAAAAGAAUAAAUGGGCCAUUAUCCUUUCCUCACUGGAUGCCACUCAAGGUGUAAGGGUACAAGCUCAGGAGGAGAAGUCCAACCAAUGUGUGCCAGAAGAUAAUACAACUCAGGGGGAGAAUGCAGAUGAUGAAUAGAAUCAGGAUGAAGAGACAAGCUCAAGAGAGGAAGAGUCUGACUUUGAAGCAGAGCUGCAUAAGUUUGAUGAAGCUGAUGCAUCAUACUAAAUUCCUCUGGUUGAAAAAAACUCUAAUUUUAUUUGAAAAACUCUAAGUUUUUGGGAUUUUUCUGUCCCUGAUGUUAUGCUCUGGAUUUUUCUAAAGAUGGAUUCUAUUACUCUUAUCUUGCUGACUUUGCAUGGUUUUGUACAAGAUCUUUAUGCUAUGGAUUGUUUUGAGCUGAAGAAACCUAUGAAUACCCU